AUCGAGAUUGUCGCCAUUUUAUUAGGGACUUCCUAUUUCACUCGACCUAGUUGUUUAUUUACAUUCCCUGCAAAAUGAAACUUUCCUACGAUACAUUCGGUUAAAAGAAAACAAACAAACACAGGGCCAUGCCACACAUCAAGCGGCUCAUUGAGCCGGUACUGGUCAGCCGCAAGCCACUUGACCUUGAUGUCCGUGAUGACCUUGAAUGUACGACCAACAACACAUUAGCCAAUGUGAUCAGGGAGCUGAGUUCACUGAGCAGGAACGCUGAAGAUCUGUUUAGAGAACUCUCCAAAGAAACAUUAGAUGUUUUCAAUCGUGGCAGGAAUCUGAUGAACAGGAUAGAGGAUGUCAGGGAGAAAGUUACUCAGCUCAAUCCUAAUGUGGAUGUCUUGAAUCUCCAGGACAUUCACUUACAGAAACCUUUCAAAAGUUCCAACAAGAAGGAGCAGCAAGUGCUGUCUAAAACAACAGUGCCACGGGCCAUACUUGAAGUGUAUGAACGAUGUGAUGCUCCCCCAGCCCUGGACAAACUGGACAAGUUUAGGGAGGAUGGCAAAAGCAGCAUGAAGUUCUACACAGACCCCAGCUACUUUGCUGAGCUGUGGGCUAUUGAAAUGGGGAAACAGAUUCAAGAAAAUAAAAAAUUACAUGAACAACGAAGGAAAAGAAAUGAAAGAACACAAGAAAAGAGGGCACCUCACAUUAAGGAGGCUAAGGCUAAUAUCAGAGAGAAACAUAAAAAAAUGCAAGAUGGUAUUGAACUCUCAGAUUACCAGAGCCCACAAGCACUGAAACAGUUGACUGGAAUAAGUCACACUGAUGUGGCUGAUCAAAGACAAGCAGAGCUGGAUCGUAUGAGAGCACAAGAGGAACAACAGAGAAAGCUCCAUGAGCAGCAACUGGCAGACCAGAAACAGGCAGACCAGAGGAGGCAUCAGGAACAGCAGCGCUUACAGCACCAACAGUCACAGCAACUCAAAUACGGUCAAACACAGCAUAUAUCUAACUACGAUCCAGCUCAGAACCACCCAGUUCAUCCCAGCAGCAUGGUGAUGGAUCGUAGCUCUGUUCCCAUUCAGUAUCCUCCGCAACCUGAGUUACUGCCACAGGUAUCAAAGUACUCACCCGGCAAGAUACCUAAUGGCGCGACUGGUGGUAAAAAACCAGCACAGGGUCCACAUAGGCCGAUGGGUCCACCUCCAUCUCCACCCCCACCUCCCAUUCAUACGAGAGACAGUUUGCCACCUCCACCAUCACCACCCCCAGUGAAUGAGAUGGACCCCAUGCCUCCUUAUAUAAGUACACCACCAUUCAACAACCGAACAAUGCAAGGGGGUGGAUCAUCCAUAAUAAUUGGACCUGCAAGAACAGCAUUACCCACUCCUCCACCAUCACCAACACGUACGCAAGCGUAUCCUGGUUCUUCCGGUGGUCCAGCAUUCAUGCCACCUCCAUCACCACCUCCACCACCCUUAAUGCCCAAUCAAUUUCCACCCCCGCCACCGCCGCCCCCUCCACCACCCCCACCUCCCCCUCCUCCAGUAAGUACUAUAAAUGGAAGCAUUAAUUCUGAUUCAUCAACCAACUCUACGGGCCUGCCUGCCAAUGUGGAUAAGCCUCAACCUGGUGGUGAUAGAAGUGCAUUGAUGAUGGAAAUCAUUCAAGUUGAUAGAAACAAGAGGCUACGCAAAGUAGAAGAAAGAACACAUAAAAAACAAGCGCCAACGGCUCCAGGUGCUUUGGAUGUCCAGGCUUUGAUGGACAAGGCUAUUGAAAUGAGGCGCAAAGUGAUAGAGAUAAGUGAUAGCGGUGGGGAAGAGAGUGACAGUGGAAACGACUGGGGUGAUUCUGAUUAAUGGACUCAAGUUGGUUUUUCUUUAGCAACACUACACUGUACUUCUCCACAGAAAAUGUUUUCAGUUUUUAAAAGUGAUUUUCUUUCUUCUGAUGUUCUCAGGAAUCAAACACACUCUCUCUUACCCAAUUAGCUAGGAGUCUCCAGAUACCUAUGAAACAAAUUGACUGUUAUAUUCCCCCUAAAUUAAGGCUCGGAGUUGAUGUAAUGAAUCUGCUAGUUGAACUAGAGAUGUUAAUUUAUACACAUUGUUUUUGUUUCAUACAUUAGCUGUGUAAUAAGAGCCGAUUUUGUUAAGAGUGAUGCAUGUAAUAAUUUUAUGAAGUGUUAAUUAUUUUAAAAAAAAUUAUGACAGAAUUUAAUUUUUUUUUGUAAAAUUGAAAAAAAAAGAAAAUUUACAAAUGAGCAACAAACUUUGAUGUGUAUAUAAAUUUUGUAAAUUUAUCACUGUGGUACUGAGGUCCAGCUUUUGUGAAUUAGUUCAGAGCUGCAAGAGUUUAAGAGAAUCCCAUAUUGCAAAUGUACUGUUUUUGUCGUAGCCAAGACUCAUCACAAUAUCUUCCUUUCGAGAGGUCUUAAAUUAAUACACUGACUCUUACAAUAAUCAAUGCAGCUCUUAAGAGAGUGAGUGUAUAUUCUAGACUUGCAAUCUUGUACUGAUUUUACAUACUACCCACUCUAUUUAGUCAUUCUAUAAUCAGUUACCCCUAUUCUUUACACAUUUUGAAUUUAUUUAAACCCUAUGUACCUGUACAGCCUACCUAAGAGAAGAUAACCGAACAAAUGGGUUAACUCCCAUUUACUUCAUUACUACUGUGUUAGAGAUUUUGAUGCUGUCAUACAAGAUUGAGCUAUGUUAUGUAGAAGGUUUACUUUUGUAUAUCAAAAUCAACUAGAGAUUUUUAAUAGGUUUUAAUAUUUAUAACUUAAUUAAAUAGUUUUUGUAAGAUUUUCCUGAAAAUAGCGUAAUUAACCAUGUUUGCUUAACAUCUUUUAAAUCUCUUUUUUUUUAUGAUUAUUGAACUGUUGAUGUCAGAUUUUAACCCAAAACUUUGUCUUAACAAAUUUUCUUAUCUAAAAGUUGUUUGUGAUUUUAAACAUAAUUUUCUUUUUUUUUGCCACCUCAAUAUUCUCAUUUUUUUUAAACGACUGCUACUAUGAUAAGUUAUAUUAACAAAUUAAAAUAUUAGAUGCACAGGAUUAUUAUUCAAAGUGUAUAUUCUUUGUUGUUUAACUUUACACUUGUGUGUGCUGCAAGAGUGUUUGUGAUCUUUUGAUACUGUCAUUUGUUGGGCCAUAGAACUUCUACCACUCUGCGUCAUUCUGAUCUAUUUCUUAUGUUGCUCCUCACAAGAAUCAGAUAGCUGCCAUAUACACUCAAAUGGCUUGAACUAAUGUUAAUGAUUUCAAAGUGCAUGAUGGAUGAUGGGAUUUGUAAACAGGAAACAGGUUCAUGCGUUGCAUAAUAAAGUUGCAGGUGUAACCACCUGGUCCUGUUGUAUGCCUGUCAGCUAGACGCACACUAAAAUAAGUUGUUUUAAAAUGUGACCCUCAAUAAAUCCUAGAUUUGAUGAACAGACUUGUGUGUGUAAACUCAUCAUUGACUUUAGACAGGUUCACUGACUUGUGUCAUCAUUAUGUAAGGGCUCGUUCACUUCGACUGUGUAAUACCAUAUCAAUCAGAUCAAAGAAACACAUCAGCUCACAAAGACGCUAGACAGUACCUUCACUCUUAAAGUCACACGUGACUACUGUUGACACUGGAGCUUGCUCUGAUUUACCCUGAGGUCUUUUUAUGUCAACAAUCAAGGUGUUCAGCUACCAGAGCUUCAAGAACCUAACAAAGAUUUAUGUCCUUUAUAACAUUAUUUGUGUCAAAUGUGGUGUCAAUAUUUGCUCUCAGCCUGAAUGACUAUCUUUGUAAAUGAAAAAUGGGUGACUUUCUUAAAAACUUAUUUUUGUUUGUUUAUAUAUA